AUCAUCGAAGCCUAGACAACGAGGCGAGAGGUGAAAGGUUACGCCUCCUUUUGGCGGCCAUUUCUUUUAGCGCCCGUCCUUUCGGUGGUGUAGCGGCAGCUGCUCCAGUCACGAGGGGCGGGCAGCGGCGGGGUCGGCGGCUACUGGGGUGCAGCGCUCGCGGGUGUUCGCGAUGAGUUUACCCCUCAAUCCCAAGCCUUUUCUCAAUGGACUGACAGGAAAGCCAGUGAUGGUGAAACUUAAGUGGGGCAUGGAGUACAAGGGCUACCUGGUCUCCGUUGAUGGCUACAUGAACAUGCAGCUUGCAAAUACAGAAGAAUACAUAGAUGGGGCAUUGUCUGGACAUCUGGGUGAAGUUCUAAUAAGGUGUAAUAAUGUCCUCUACAUCAGAGGUGUCGAAGAGGAGGAGGAAGAUGGGGAGAUGAGAGAAUAGCAUCUUGGAAUUUUUUUUUUUAUAUAUAUGUAUUUCUAUACAAUAAAGAUUGGGGUUUUUUUUCAAUUUGACUUGUGGACUAUUUAUAUACAGACAUAAGCAAAGUGCAAAUGCUGAAACAAUGGAUGAACGAUUUCUUAGAACUAAUGUUUGAAAAGCUACCCGGUAUCAUUCCAGGGGACUCUUUUUGUAACCCCACCACUGGCUGGCUUGUGUGUUUAUUUCUGUAAAGGAUGGCUCUAUGCUUCAUAAUUUUUCUUAAGGUGAGUUUCAGCCCUUGUAAUUAUAUUAACUGAGACCUCUUCAAAGCAACUGUGUUGUUUAACGUUUCCAAACCACCCUUAACAUGUAUAAAGUUAAAUAUUUUCUUAGUAUUAAUAUAUAUUUUAUUAAUAAAUUAUGUUAUUUCUAUAUUG